AUGCAAAUUCUAUAUCCAAAUGUAUUUGAAGAACAUCUAUAUAUAAGAGAUGACUCUGAUCAGCAAAGAGAUUCAAAUGGAUGUGUAAUAAAUUGUCCUACUUUACCAGAUUGUGUAUGUUCAAAUAAAGAUGAACAAUGUGUUCAAGUUACAACUAGUUGUGAAAAAUGUGCUUAUAAUCAUUGUGUACCAAAAACCAAUACAGGUAAUUCAAUAAAUACAGGUGGAAUAGUUGGUGGGGUUAUUGGUGGAUUAGCAUUUUUAGGAUUAAUUGGUGCAAUAUUAUACUAUUUUAUGAUUUAUAAGAAAAAACAUCAAGUUAUGCUUGAUGAUUAUGAUAAUGAUUAUGAUUAUAAUGAUUAUGAAACUGAUGAAUAUGCUGAUAAAAGUAGUGAUUUUAAUAAUAAUGGAAGUAAGAUUGAAAUGAGAGAAUUAAGAGAUGGAUCAAAUCCUACAAGUCCUGCUUCAAAAACUUUUGGAUUAGAUAUUUUAGAUAAUACUCAUUCACCUUCAUCAAAGAAUGGAAAUGAUGACAAAAUAAAUUCAAAUAAUGCUAAUGGUGCAAUAAUUGCUGGACAAGUUAUUGAUAGACCACCACCACAACAAAGAAGAAAUAUUCAAAAUACGAAAAAGAAAACAGUAAGAAGAGUAUCAUCAUAUGAAUCAUUUACUAGACCAAAUGCAAGUAAAUCUAAAACCAAACAACAACAACAAAUGUUAGCACAACAAAGAAGAGCACGUCAACAAAAUAUAAUCAAACAAGCAAAUUUACAACAGCAACAACAACAACAACAAAGAAUUCAAGAACAUCAACAACAAAUUUAUUUAAAUCCAUCAAAUAGAAAUUCAGUAGCUACAUCAUUUUCAAAUGCUUCAAAUAUACUACCUAUAGCUUAUGUUCCAGGAGUUACAGUAAGACCAACAAAAGAUAAUACAAGAUCAAUUUAUUCAUAUGAUUCAGAUUCUUUAUUUUCUGAUUUAAAUACUAUUGAAAAUGCAAGUAUUGUUGGAGACGUAUUAAUUGCAAAUUCUGCUUCUACUUCAUCUUCAAACACUGAAAAUAAAGAUUCUCCUCAAAGUUUACAACUGAAUCAAUCUGUAAAUAAUGGAACUAUGACUGCUAUAAAGGCACAACCUAGAUUAGUUAAUGUUGAUCGUAUUCAAGAAGAAGAUGAAGAAGAGGAUGAAGAGGAGGAUGAAGAUGAAGAAGAAGAGGUAGAUGUUGAUGAUGAUGAUGACGGGGUCGCUGUUAAUAAUAAUAACUUUGUAGAAUCAGAUGAAGAAAAUGAGGAUGAUCGUAGCUUCGAUGAUGAAGCUGAUAGUGAUGUAGAUUCUGACAUUGGCCAUAUAACUCGAGCUGCAUCAUACAAAAAUUUGACUAAAAAGGAAUCAAAUGAUGAACAUGAUCAUAGUGGAAGUGAUACUAGAAUAGGAAGUGGUAGUGAAACAAGAAUUGGUGGAAGUAGUAGAGAUGAUACAUAUAUUACAAUUGAUAGUACGACACUUAAUAGUCCAUUUAAUGAUCCUUGA